AAACAUAAAGCGAGAUAAUAGUUUACAGGGUAAUCCAGGCUUUGUGUUGGAUGGCGAUUGCGCAUCUUCAGGUGAUUUUUUAAUAAAAGUAAGUUUUGGAAAAACAAAUAUUAAGUAGUCGUAUAUAUUCAGACGAUAAAAUAGAUACAAUACUUAUUUUAUUAUCAAUUUUUUCAGGCUGGCGAAUUUGAACUUUUUAACGAUUCCUAUCACUGGUUGAUAAUCACAAAGAAAUUUAUUAAAAAAGUUUUUUCUAAUGUAAAUACAAAUAUAAAUUCAAAUCUGUUAGUGGCGGAAUGCGAAUACGGAAACGGAGUUAAUGUAAAUGUGACGUUGAUAGAUGUGUACAAUGCCGCUUACAAAAAGGGGGGGAAAUUAAAUUACAACGUGCUAGUAAAAAAAUCGAAUAAUUUUUCAUUUAAUUUAAAAUCAAACAAUUACAAUAAAUAUUGGAACCGAAAAAAUAUGAGUGGCGUUGUAUUUAAAACAAUUGCAGUGUUGGUUAAUAAAUUCGAGGGUGAAUUAGAAGAAUACAUUUUGAAAGAAAAUAAUUAUAGGGUCGAUUCUCGUACCAAGUUUCACAGUGUACUUAUGAAUCACUGCAAAGAAAUUUACAAUUUCUCAUUAAACUUUAGUUUAACCGAUUCUUGGGGUUUUAAACUUGCAAACGGUUCCUUUGAUGGUAUGACAGGAGCCCUUCAAAGAAAAGAAGUUGACUUUGGAGGUUCUGUAUUAUUUCUUAAAAAAGAUAGAGUUUAUGUUAUAUCACAUGGCAGAAGUACUUGGCUCUUAAGGUAUGAAAUUAUCAGCUAUAAUAUAUGCAAAUUAUAA